AUGCCACCAAAACGAAAGCGAACCACCGCCGUCGACUCCGUCAAGCAAGAGGCCAUGGACCCCGUACAGCCGUCCUUGCGCGAUGCGUCUGACGAGGGCGCCGAAGACCCUGUCCUCCAGGCCGUCGCGUCCAAAAAGGAGCGACAAGCUGACGCCAAUGGUUCAACCAAGCGAGUACGUGUAGCAAAGGGGCCCCAUGACGAAGACGGCGACGAGGAGCGUGCCGUCAAGAAGAGCCGCCGCACACCAUCCCCUGUCGAUGACGAGCAUGGCGAGGCCGGCGAGGCAGAGUCGAUGCGCAUGCCACCCCCUCCAAAAGCUGGCCUGGUCGACCCCGUUGGCUACAAGACGAACCCUCCGCCCGUCGGGCGACCCGUCAGAGUGUACGCGGACGGUGUCUUUGACCUUUUCCACAUUGGCCACAUGCGCGCGCUGCAACAGGCAAAGACGGCCUUUCCAAACGUUCACCUGGUCGUUGGCGUUACUGGCAACAAGGAGACACAUAAGCGCAAGGGUCUGACCGUCUUGUCAGCGAGGGAGCGCGCCGAGAGCGUGCGCCAUUGCAAAUGGGUCGACGAGGUCAUUGAGGACUGUCCGUGGAUUGUCACGGCCGAGUUCUUACUAAAGCACAACAUUGACUAUGUGGCACACGAUGACCUUCCAUACGGCGCGGACGAAGGCGACGACAUUUACGGUCCCAUCAAGGAGCGAGGCAUGUUUCUGGUCACCCAAAGAACCGAGGGUCUCAGCACAACGGGCAUCAUCACCAAGAUCGUGCGAGACUACGACCAGUACAUUGACCGCCAACUGAAGCGCGGAACCUCGCGAAAGGAACUCAACGUAUCAUGGCUGAAGAAGAACGAGCUCGAUAUCAAGCGCACCAUGGCAGAGCUGCGCGACAGCAUCAAGGCAAACUGGACCACUACUGGUCAAGAACUCAGCAAAGACUUUCGGCAAUUCUGGCAGUCAAGUCGGCCAGCCAGUCCGGCCAGGACGCCUACCAGGGAGCAAUCGCAAGCCGAAGCCAUGGACCAAUCCGGGGCUGCUCGAUCGCCGUCGGCGCUCUCGCGACUUAGCUACCUCGAUAUUCUUCGUGCGAACAACUCGAGGGAAUCGUCGGAAUUUACUGCCGGUUACAACCUGGGUUUGAUUGGAGGUGUACGGGCAUGGAUGGCACGCAGUCGUCGUAACCUCAACGACAGCCGGCCGCAGAGUCCCAUGGACGACAGUUCUGACGAGCACGAAGGAAAGAGUCUACAAGAAGCGCCGCGUGGCCGCACCGGCAAGCAAACCAAGAGCGAACCCCCCAUGGAGACGGCAGCUUAG